CUUAGAACUCCAAUUUUAAACGUUGUUGGUUGUUUUUUCUUGAUCUGUUCUUCUGUUUAAUAAUUUAGAAAACCUUAAAUUCAUUGUCUAUCACUCAUUAACUUGCUUUUAAGGUGAAUACGUGUUCUAUUUUCAAUAUUUCACUAAUGAUUGCAUUAUUCUUCGACAGGAAGUCUCAACAUCUUGUUUACGUGAUGUCGAACAUAAAUGCUACAAGCAACUUCAUUGGUCUAUUCUUUUUCACUUUUACCGAACCAACCAAUCAAAAAAGUUCUUAUGAACUAUCACGAGAACACUAAGUUCUCCUGAAAAAUAUCUUUCUUUUCAUUAAAAGUAUAAAUAGCAUGUAAUUUGUCAGUUAUAACAUGAUAAUUCUUUUCCAAAUCAUAAUAUUAUACAUUCAGGAAUACUUGGAAAAUCGAAAAAUGGCCAGUCGAGGACGUGGAAGAGGGAGAGGAAGAGGUGUUUCAAUUGAAGGGAAUCCUUCCUUUGGCAGUUCAGACAAGUCUUCAGUACCAGCGGCAUCAAGUCCUAUGACAGGCAUACGUCCUCAAUUCUAUCCUGGUAUUGGUCGUGGUGCUUCAAAGUCACAACCUUCAUGGCCUUCACCUCCAGGAUCUAUCGCCCAGCAGAAUCCCAACAGACAUACACCGAUACAACAAACCAGAAGACAAACUCCAGUUCAACAAUCGUUAAGUUCUAAACAACAUCAGGACCGCAUGAAUAAAUAUACACAGCAAGAUGUCAUCUCAGCUUCUCGCCCCCAACAGAAUGUAAACUUAUUAAAUCCAGAAAAAAUAUCAUCUGUACCAUCAUAUCAUGAGACCACGAUGGGUCACGCUCAAUCAAGUGUGACCUAUGACAACCAUUCACCAAAGAAUAAAGUCCCGAUUGAUUUUGGAGUUGAUUGUUUUGACAGUGAUGAUGAUUCUGAUUAUGAAGGUUUCAUGCUUGAUGAUGGACAAAGCCAAACAAAACCAGUACCAAAGAUGCUCACGAAACCUGGAAAAAAGACUCAAGAACCAGUUCGCAAAGUAGACCUUGCGCAAAGUAUACUAGAUGCCAAUCCGAAUGUUAAUCCAUUAUGGCUUGAAAAGAAAUUGAAAUCAGACAAGCAGACACAUUCAGAUAUAUCUUACAGCAGUAAACCAAUAUUAAAUUCAUUGGAGAAAGAGUGGUCAUCUUCAAAUAAAAAUAAAACCAAGUUCCGCGAAAUUGUUGACCGAUCAUUUAAUAGAUCUCAGAACCCAUACCAGCUUGUUUUGUAUUUAGUACAGCAUGCAAAGGAUUUUCACAGUGGGAAAACAACAACAAUGCCAUUUUGUAUUAUGCAAGAAUUUACUAAAUGGACUGAAAUUAAAGGAAAACAGUAUGAACAUUUAUUGAAUGAAGUGACCAGAUUAGAGGCUUUUCUCAUGGGAGUUAAGAAUAACAUGAUAUUAAUGGACAUGGUUGUUAAGGCAUUCAAGUUAUAUUACCAUGGCAACCAGUUCUUCAUAUCCCAUAUCAGGCCUAUGGUAGAGAAAAAAGAUUAUAAAAUGGCAUCACAGUGUAUUUCCAAGCUUGGCUUACAAGAGCACUUUGAUUUUGAAGAGAUUGUGAUUCCUCUGUUAUUGACAGAUAAAGUGAAUUUGAUUGAGAGUUACGUCUACAGGAACAAGGCAGCGCAAAUAAAGAUUGUACAACUCUUGGAUAGACUCUGUGACAAGUCUGUAGAUAUUGGCCAUAUUGUCCGUGAACAUAAGUUAGAGGAUGUUCGCAUGGAAAAGUUACAGCAUAAGGUGCUGAGUAAACUUGCUAUCAGGCUGUCAAAGAUCUACAACAUUCCAGUGGAUCUUUGCCCAAACAUCAACCGAGCACGAACGCUCAGUGGAAUCAGAUAUCUAAUGUAUAAGAAGUACAUAGAAAAGACGCUGAAUGAUGAUAACUGGAGUGAACUUCUUGAGGGUUACAUUGGAGAGGAUAUCUCAUUGGCUGAACAAGUGGUGGAUUCUCUCAUUGGCUAUGAUGAUGUCGCAGAAGCAGCUAAGUGGGCCCGCAGAUACCAGAUCUCAGAAGACGUCCUCCCUGGGAAUGUUAUUGAAGCAAUGGGUCAACAGACUGACCUCCAAACAGAUGGUUUGGCUACUGCAAAUUCACAAGAAGAGACAUCAGAGGAUUGGGGUGCUGAAUGUUAUGCAGAGGAAACUGUGAAAAAUGCACACUACCACUCACUGUCCAUACCCCUGGGUAAUAUUAUAUUUGUUAACACCGAACAGUUGUAUACUGACUGUUUGAGGCAUGUCACAAAAGAUGGCAGUGUAGUGGGAAUAGAUGCAGAAUGGAGGCCUACCAUAGGAGCAAAUAUGGUGCAGAGAAUGGCGACCCUUCAGCUUGCAUGUCAAGACAAGGUUUACAUUUUGGAUAUGUUAACACUGGACAAUAUCCUUACAGAGCAACACUGGGUGCAAUUUGGAGAAAAAUUCUUCGCAAAUUCAAACAUUCUAAAACUUGGGUUUGGAAUUGGAACAGAUCUUGCCAUGUUGGUAAAGUCAUUCCCCAGCAUGUCCCAAAGUUUGAUGGAGCUCAGGCGAGUGGUCGACCUACAAACUGUCAACCACCUUGUACACAGAGCAAUGGAGGUCAUACAGGACCAUAAGCCUCCAGCAUUUGAUGAUGUAGCAUUUAAUGAUGCAAGUGACAGUGAUGAAUGCAGUGAUAAAGCAAGCACUGCAAGUGAUAUUAGUGUGCCAAGAAGUGAUGCUAGUGUGGGAAAACGUGCAAUUGAGUCUCCAGCCAGGCCAAAGAUUAAGAAGGUGGUGAAAAGUGAAGAGAAGGGUCUCAGUGAUGUGGUUCGUCGACAUCUGGGGAAACCGCUAGACAAAGCUGAGCAGAUGUCUAAUUGGGAGAGAAGACCUCUAAGACAGCCACAGCUUGUAUAUGCAGCUCUUGAUGCCUUCUGCCUGUUGGAGCUAUACAGGGUGUUCCAAGACAAUGUACGCACACACAGACUACAGGUUGACCUAGAACCAGUGCUAUCCUCUAAAUGGUCCAAAGUUGGCAAAAGCAAAUCUCAAAGACAACGAGCCAGAGUAGCUGAACGUCCCGUCAUGACAAAACAAACAGUACAGGAGUUGGUGUCUAAGGUUAAGCCUAGUGGUUCAGUGAUCAAACCAAACCAAUUCAAGGUGGUAGUAGACUCCAUGUUGCAAGGUCUUGGGAGCAAACUACGCUGUUGUGGAGUAGAUGUCAGGAUAUUGGAGAAUAAUGAGGACCACCAUGCAGCUGCUAAGAUUGCACAAGAUGAAGGUAGAAUUAUACUGACCAGUGGCUCCCCCUAUAGAAUGUUACGUGGCUAUGUGGGUGAAUCAAUGUGUAUGGAUGUACCUCAGGCUAAAGUUUGGGACCAAGUGUCUGAGGUCCUUCAACGCUACAAUGUUCAAGUCUCCCAAGAGGAUAUCUUUAGCCGAUGUCAGGUUUGUAAUGCCAUGAAUUACAUCACAAUGAAACCAGAUUUACUACUCAAGUUAUGGGAGAGAAAACAAUGGCUACUCUCUGAAGGACACACAAAUGCUGGAUACACUGGACUCCCUUCUCCACAGUCGCUGAAAUCGAACGCCUCGCCUGAAAUAAGCAUGGAAAAAGUAACAAUCAAUGGGGCUCCAAUCAAAGUGAAGCAUAUCCCGAGAGCUAUAAUAGAUCAAGUUGAUUUGUUUUAUGUAUGUGCUACUUGCGGUAAAGUAGUUUGGGAGGGAUCACAUUUUGCAAGAGUGAAAGAACAAUUUGGACAUGUGAUCACACCCAGUGAGGACCCCACUGCUUCUGUUUAUACCAAGUUCAAGGGAAAUGAUCAAUGAGAUUAUGAAGGUAUUAACAGGCAUUAGGAUGAUGAUAUGGAAUGAAGGUAACAGUUAUCUUCCCUUCACUGAAUCAGGUGGAGGAGUGUAUUUGCAAUCUUGCAUACAGUUGAACACCUAUUUGCAACCACUAAUGAAUGAGAAGAUUAGAAUCGUUGAAUAUUGACACAUUUUGCCUAACUUUAGCUUAGGUGUAUGGUAUAAAGAAUUUAGUCCCAAUUUUUGGGAAAUCUGACAAAUUGACCUAGACAUACAUGUAUUUCAUGUAACUGGAAACAUGGGAAAGCUUUCCUAAAAUGCUGCAAUGGGCUCAUUACAAUUAUCCUAAGUAUAUUAGGGAUUUGGUGCUAUUUUAUGAAAUUUUAUUUUUGCAUCAAGUCUCUGGAACUCCCCUCUGUACUUCACCUCCUAGGUGUUGUGGGAUUGAGGUAUGUACGGGGUGAGAGGUCGCAAAGGUUUUUAUGUAAGACUAAUAAUGAAAUUUUGUCAUUGUAUUACCUUGAUUUAAAUUGUCUAUAGCAGUAACCAAAGGCUUCAAAAAGGCACAAUUAGAGACUCAUUUACACAUAAUUAAAUGCUGAAUGCUAACUGUAUUAUCAUAUGUAUGUUGGAAAUGAUAUUGUUUGAAUGAUAAAUAGAAUGUUUGUUGUA